CAUUGGCGGGGAUUGGCGGAGGGGCGGGCCGGCGGCGGCUGGCGGGGCUCGGCUCGGCUCGGCUCGGCUGGGCUCGGCUCGGCUGGGCUCGCUCAGCGCGGUGCGGCAGCAGCGCUGCCCCCCAGCUCCGCGCCGCGCCCCCUCCCCUUCGCCCCCAUGGCCACCAAAAUCGACAAGGAGGCGUGCAGGGAGGCGUACAACCUCGUCAGGGACGAUGCCACCGAGGUGAACUGGGUGACGUUUAAGUACAAUGGCUCUACAAUCGUCCCUGGAGACCAAGGGGUAGACUAUGAAACCUUUAAAAGGAAGUGCACAGAUGACGUGCGAUUGUUCGGCUUUGUCCGAUUCACCACCGGCGAUGCCAUGAGCAAGAGAGUCAAGUUUGCCCUCAUCACCUGGAUUGGGGAGGAUGUCAGUGGCCUGCAGAGAGCCAAAACUGGGACUGACAAGACUCUGGUCAAGGAAGUAGUACAGAACUUUGCCAAAGAAUUUGUGAUCAGUGACCACAAAGAGCUGGAUGAAGAUUACAUCAAGAACGAGCUGAAGAAAGCAGGGGGGGCUAAUUAUGAUGCACAGACUGAGUAAAGGCAGGAACCUCCUGGCACCAUCACCUGGAUCUCAAAGGGAGGGCAAAGGCACAACAAACUAACACACCUGAGAGAUGAGGCAACUGAACUCCCCAGCUUUCUGUGGCUGCACCUAAGAACUCCCUUUUUUGCAUACAGUGGACUUUUAUUUUCCAUUCUCUCUCAUGAAACAUUCCUCUCUGGGGCUCUGUUUUUCUUUUUCCCCCUUUUUUUACUCAUAACUCUGUCCGUGUUCUGGCACCUGUGGAAUUUAGGUUUGGCUCUGCUUUGGUCCUAUUCAGCCCUGUGUUUGUAGAGGCUUGCCACUGUGUUCUUCUUCAUGUCUGUGUGUUUUACUUGGGCUCAACCUGGUCUCUGAGGGAAGAAAGUUUUGGGGAGUUCUGAACAUCAAUUACUUUAAUUUUUGAAAAAUUUGUUCUGACUGAUAUUCUUGAAAAUAACAUUAUUUGCUUUUCUAGGCUCAGAUCAGCUUGGGAUGACUUCCCUCAAACUUUGAUUAAAUCAUCUGAGCAGAAAUAUCCAGCUGAGAAGUUAUCUAACAGCUUAAACAACAAAGCCAACAAACAAAAAAAAAUUUCUUUGACUCCUGAUAAAUGGGAAUAAAUUUGCCUUAAACAUUGCUUGACAGUUGCUAUGCUCUGUGCUGCACCUCUGUCCCUCCCUCUUAAAGAUAAGAUCCACCACAAUCCUAAAGUGGGUUUUGUUGCUUUUUGGAGGUAUCACAGCACAGUAAACUGAGGGGCUUAGAAAUGUCUGGACACUUGGUCACUAUUUUGUGUACGUUGGUCUCUGGGUUUGUAUCUGACUUUCCUAAUGCUGGGGCUCAGGAGGUGAAACUGAAAUGCAUAGAUUUCCUUUUUCAAUGAUGUCUGAAAAACAUAGCAGCUGCUGAAUCCUUCCCUGCCCGUGUCUCCCCUGGUUAUUUUGCAGUUAGACACAACAUCUUCAGUUCUCUGGGGCCUUUGAACACCCUCCAGCUGGGACCAAGGGAUGGAGCAGGGCAGCUCCAUCCAUCCCAGCUGGGGUUAAACACUCAACAGAGAGAACCUGGGCUCAGUUUGGUACCAAACUGUUUCUUUGUGGGGGCUUCUUUGUAUGGCUUUUGUUUUUCCAUCAAAGGUAACUGUCCCCAGAAUUACAUGGUGGGAGAGACUGUGGGGCUUGGGAGUCAGCGCUAUCAAUCCAUUACAGAAAUAAAUGUUUUUCAAGAACA